AUGGAUCAACAAUUUUUAGCUCAACUUGAGCAAACUUUGAAUGCUAUUAUUAAACCAAGUUCUUCUGCUUCGUUGAAGGAGACUACAAAGACAUUGCAAUCACAAUAUUAUACACAAGCUACUACUGUUCCAGCUUUGAUUCAUAUUUUACAAAAUAGUUCAGAUGAUGCUUUGAAACAAUUGGCUGGUGUUGAAGCAAGAAAAUUAGUCCCAAAACAUUGGUCUACUUUGGAUGAUGCUAUUAAGAAUGAAAUGAAAAACUCUUUAUUACAAACCGCUUUCAGUGAAGAUAAAGAAAUUAUUCGUCAUUCUAACGCCCGUGUUAUUGCUUCCAUUGGUACCGAAGAACUAGAAGGUAACAAAUGGCCAGAAUUAGUCCCAAGUUUGAUUCAGGCUGCGUCUGGUGAAGAUGCAGGCGUUAGACAAAUUGCUGUCUUUAUCUUACUAUCUUUAUUAGAAGACUACUCUCCAUCUUUAUCAGUUUUCAUUGAUGAUUUCCUAAACUUGUUUGCUCAAACAAUCAAUGAUACUACAUCAUUGGAAACAAGAUCUUUGUCUGCGCAAGCCUUAAACCAUAUUUCUGCUUUGAUUGAAGAACAAGAAACUAUCAACCCACAAUUUGCCACUAAAUUUGCUUCAUUAAUUCCAUCUAUCGUUAAUACUUUAGAUGCUGUUAUUAAAGCUGAAGAUAUCAAGAAUUCUAAAGCUAUUUUCAACUGUUUGAAUGAUAUUCUGUUGCUAGACUCUCAAUUGACUGGUAACACUAUUGUUGACUUGAUCAAAUUAACUUUACAAAUUGCUUCAAACACCGAAGUUGAAGAAGAUGUCAGAGUCUUUGCUAUUCAAUUCAUCAUUUCUGCUUUAUCUUACAGAAAAUCAAAGAUUAUUCAAAGUAAAUUAGGUAGAGAAAUUACUCUAACUGCUUUAAGAAUUGCAGCUGAAGAAAUUGAUGUUGAGGAAGAAUUAAACAAUGAAGAUGAAGCCGGUGAAAACGAAGAAAAUACACCAUCGUUAAUUGCUAUCAGAUUAUUAGCUUUUGCUUCAGCUGAAUUGCCACCAUCUCAAGUUUCUACUGUCAUAAUUGAACAUUUACCAAUCAUGUUGCAAUCUUCCAAUCCAUUUGAAAGAAGGGCAAUUUUAUUAGCAAUCUCUGUCGCUGUUACUGGUUCUCCAGAUUACUUCUUAUCUCAAUUCGAGAAGGUUAUUCCAGCUACCAUUUCUGGUCUAAAAGAUGCUGAACCAGUUGUGAUUUUAGCUGCUUUGAAGUGUGUUCAUCAAUUGACUACUGACUUACAAGAUGAAGUUGCUAAGUUCCACGAACAGUAUUUACCAUUAAUAAUCGAUAUUAUUGAUUCAGCUAAAUUUGUUGUUAUCUAUAAUUACGCUACUAUGGCUUUAGAUGGUUUAUUAGAGUUUAUUGCAUACGAAGCCAUUGCCAAGUACUUGGAACCAUUAAUGAACAAAUUAUUCUACAUGUUAGAAAGCAACAACUCAUCCAAAUUAAGAUGUGCUGUUGUUUCAGCUAUCGGUUCUGCUGCGUUUGCUGCUGGAUCUGCUUUCAUUCCAUACUUUAAGACAAGUGUACAAUACUUAGAACAAUUUAUUCAAAACUGUUCUCAAAUCGAAGGUAUGAGCGAAGAUGAUAUUGAAUUAAGAGCUAUCACCUUUGAAAAUAUUUCUACUAUGGCUAGAGCUGUCAGAUCUGAAGCUUUCUCUGAAUAUGCUGAGCCAUUGGUUAACUCUGCUUAUGAGGCUAUCAAGACAGAUUCUGCUAGAUUAAGAGAAUCUGGUUAUGCUUUCAUUGCUAAUUUAGCUAAGGUUUACGGUGAAAACUUUGCUCCUUUCUUGAAAACUAUCUUACCAGAAAUUUUCAAAACUUUAGAAUUAGAUGAAUAUCAAUUCAAUUUCGAUGGCGAUGCUGAAGAUUUAUCAGCCUUUGCUGAAGGUGCCACCGAAGAAGAUUUACAAAGUAAAUUUACAGUUAACACAGGUAUCUCCUACGAAAAGGAAGUUGCUGCUGCUGCUUUAUCAGAAUUAGCUUUAGGUACUAAAGAACACUUCUUACCAUACGUUGAACAAUCUUUAAAGACUUUGAGUGAACAAGUUGAUGAAUCAUAUGGUCUAAGAGAAACUGCUUUGGCUACCUUGUGGAACAUUGUUAAAGCUGUUUUAUUAUCUUCCAGGAUUGAACCAGAAAGUUACCCAAAGGGUUUACCAGCUACCUCCUAUAUUGAUGCUACUUCUUUAGCGGUUGUCCAAACUGCUAGAGCCAUUUCCAUUGCUAACUUAAACGACGAAUUUGAAACUUCUAUGGUCAUUACCGUCAUGGAAGAUCUAGCCAAUAUGAUUAAGCAAUUUGGUCCUAUUAUCAUCAUGGAUAGUGGUGACAGUUCUUCUUUAGAAACCUUAUGUAUGCAAGUUCUUAGCGUCUUAAACGGUACUCAUGCUUGUCAAACUGUUGAUAUUGAAGAAGAUGCUCCAAAGGAUGAAGAAUUAGAUGCAUCUGAAACUGAAGCUACCCUUCUGGAUAUUGCUCUGGAAGUUUUAGUUAGUUUGUCUCAUGCUUUAGGCAGUGAUUUUGCUAGCAUCUUCGAAAAUUUCAAACCAGUUUUAUUUGAAUUAUAUGAAUCCAAAUCUAAAAAUAAGAGAUCCUCCGCUAUCGGUGCUACAUCAGAAAUCGUUUUAGGUAUGAAGGAAGGUAGUCCAUACAUUCAAGAAAUGUUGGAAGCCAUGAUUGUAAGAUUAACCAGUGAUAAAUCAUUAGAAGUUAGAGGUAAUGCUGCUUAUGGUGUCGGUUUAUUGUGUGAAUAUGCUUCAUUCGAUAUUUCUUCUAUCUAUGGUGCUGUUUUAAAAGCCAUGUACGAACUAUUAAGCACUGCUGAUCAAAAAUCUUUGGCUGCUGAUGACGAUGAAGCUACUAGAGAAAUCAUCGAUAGAGCUUUUGCCAACGCUAGUGGUUGUGUUGCUAGAAUGAUCUUAAAACAUGAAAAUCUAGUUCCAUUAGAGCAAACUAUCCCAGCUUUAUUUGCACAUCUGCCAUUAAAAACUGGUUUUGAAGAAUACACUCCGAUCUUCCAAGUUAUCAUGAAAUUAUACCAAGAUAACAAUGCUGUCAUUACUAACAUGACUCCAAAGGUUAUUGAAUUCUUUGCUGCGGUUUUCACAAAGGAUGCUGAAAGAAUUAAAUUAGAACAAGAAUCCACUUUAGGUAGAGAAGAAAAUCUAGAAAGAUUAAAACAAUUCCAAACUGACGAUAUUAAACAAAAGAUUGUGGAAUUAUUGAAGUACAUCAAUAAUACAUACAGCGGUGUUGUUGUUAAGGACCCAGUCUUGGCUCCAGUGAUCGCAUAA